ACAAACCGGAAGUGCAGGGAAAGGAGGCGUAUCAAACUUAAUUGUUUACGAGUGGUCUUCUGACUGGGCACACCAAAUAGCGGAGUGGUUCGAGUUAUUUUCAGCAGAUUUAGGACGGUUUCAGUGAUUUGUAAUGCUCGGAGAGGAGAGAUCUACUCUGUCUGAGCUAGCGAAGAUGACGGCCGCAAGUCAAGCCGAGAGGACUGUGCUGGAGGAGGAAUUUAAUUGGCUGCUCAAAGAAGAGGUGCAUGCGGUGCUUAAACAGCUGCAAGACAUUUUGAAGGAGGCGUCCAGGCGUUUUUCAGUGCCGUCACCAGGACAGGAAGGACAGCUGAAACAAGAGAACUUUAUUCUGGGCAGCUCAACGAUGGACCAGGUGAAAGGGGUUUUGACGCUACAAGGAGAAGCUCUAACUCAGGCUGAUAUUAACAUUAAAGCUGCUAAAAGCAGUCAAGUAAUGCACUUUGCAUUCCGAGAUGAUAAACAGUGGAAAUUGCAGCAGAUUCAGGAUGCCCGAAACCAUGUGAACCAGGCCCUGCAAUUACUAAGCAGCCAUGAUGAGAGUUAUCAUUUCAAAACUGGGGCUGAAGUCAAUAAGCUUAUGGAUGCUGUAAUGCUUCAGUUGACCCGAGCCCGAAGCAGACUCACAACCCCUGCCAGCAUGACUCUUCCUGAGCUCGCAGCCAGUGGCCUAAUGAAAAUGUUCACACCUCCAAUGCCUGGUGACAUGAUAGUGAACUUCUAUAUCAAUCUCAGUAAAGUGUGUUUGACGGUGUAUCAACUACAUGUCCUGCAGCCUAACACUACCAAGAACUUCAAAUCAGCAGGAAGUUCAGUGCUGCAUAAUCCAGGAGCAAUGUUUGAAUACAACAACACAAAGUUUGAGGUGAGCCAGGUCCAUAAGGUGGAGUGCGUGGUGCCGUGGCUGAAUGACACGCUGGUGUUUUUCACCAUUUCCCUGCAGCUCUGUCAGCAGCUCAAAGAUAAGAUUUCGGUCUUCUCUAGUUUCUGGAACUACAGAGCAUUUUAAGCUAUUUCUGACCAAAACUCUACAGUGAAUAAUAAUACAAAUGAUCAAAUGAAUUAUGCUCUAGGAUGCACUAGGAACAAAAAAAGUUCCGUGAAAUAAUCUGUCGUGACUUUACUGUAUGACCAUGUAUUAAUUUUGUGUGCUUAUUGUUCAGCAGCAGAGGUAGAGUGCGCGGUGUAUGUAGUAUGUGGACUGAAUUCGUCUCUUCAGAUGAAGGUAUUCAGUGGCAUAUUUUUUUGUGUUUCUGCAGUAUUUGUCAUUAUCAGUGUUGACUGUUUGUCAGUAAUCUUGCCUAUAUUGAAGUUAACCUCAUCUAAUAUGCGUCUAGGCUUUAGGAAGGAAAUGCUACUAAAUACACAUUGCUUACGUUCAUAUUUGUCACAAAAACCGUGAAAUACUCCAAAUGAUUUGUUGAGUGACCUCUUCAGACUCCUUUUACCAGUGUUUUUACCUUUUAGUCCAGGGGGUUGUAACAUUUAACACUUGAUCAUUAUCUGAUGCCAGGGACUAUCAUCGGUGCACAACAGUAAAUGCAUCGAGACCAUUAGCAUAUGCUUAUGAAUGUGCAUUAAUGACCAACAGUUUAUUUGCCAUCCUGACUCAGCUGUGGUAUGACUAUAUUAACACUAAAUGACAGAUAACAGUGAACAUGUCAGGGCUUCAUAUUCCAUUACAGUUAUACACAUUGCUGUGAAUGACUGCUUAGGGAGCAGAGUUCAGAGUUUCUAACAAGCAUCAUUCCAUCAUGAAAAGGAAAGGAAAGGAUGUUGAGCGAUAGUUCAGAUGCCGUUCAGGGUUUGAGAUCAUUACCGUUAGUUAACUUUGUCAGCUUUUAUUGCUAAUUUUUAUUUAUUUCAUGUUCACUUGGUUUGUGUCCUCAUUGAUUUCUUGCAUGUUAAUUUGAAUAUCGAUUCAUGUUUUAAGUGUUUAACUAUUUUCAUGUAUAUUUCAAGCUUAAUAUGGAAUAUUUUGUGCAAUAAACAUACUAUGAACAUUA